AAGUCUAACUGAAACACAUACAACCAUACAAGCACAACCAGACAUACCCAUUGUUUGUAGGAGAUCAAUGAUCAUGAAGGUUGAGGUUGAGGUUGUCUCCAGAGAGCUUAUCAGACCAUCUUCUCCAACUCCUGACCACCUCCACAGAUAUCAACUCUCCUUUCUUGACCAGAUAUCUCCCCCAGUCUUUAGUCCUUUGGUUCUAUUUUAUUCAUCAUCCGAGGCUGAUACAAAUUUCGACAUUGCUGAUAUAUCGAAUCGGCUAAAGAAAUCCCUCUCCGAUGUCUUGGUCCAAUUCUACCCACUCGCUGGACGAGCAAAUGACAACAUGUUCAUAGACUGCAACGACAAGGGCAUACCCUUCUUGGAAACUCGAGUUAACUGCCAACUAUCUGAUGUUAUCCAAAACCCAGUUCCCAGUGAACUCAACAAGUUGGUUCCAUUUCAACUAGACGAAGUUGCUGAUCUAGCCCUUGGUGUCCAACUAAAUGUCUUUGACUGUGGUGGAGUUGCAAUUGGUGCUUGCAUUUCUCACAAGAUUGCAGAUGCUUUAUCGUUUUUCACGUUCAUCAAAACUUGGGCAGCCACUGCUAGAAAAGAUCAUUAUCAUCAGACAGAUGAUCAUGCAGCUAUGUCUCCACAGUUUGUAUCAGCCACACUGUUCCCACCAAGGAACAUAUCCGGGUUUAAUCCACGUGUUGGGAUCACAAAAGAGAAUAUCGUAACAAAGAGGUUUGUGUUUGAUGCUUCCAAGAUAGAUUCUCUUAAAUCAAAAUAUGGUGUUAAUGAUAAUGAUCAUGAGCAUGAGCAGAGCCUAGAAAGUUACCAAAGACCGCCAUCUCGUGUGGAGGCUCUAUCUGCUUUCAUAUGGAGUCGCUAUGUGGCUGCAACCGGAGUUGGGUCUGAAGCACCUGAGAGGGUCUAUGCCAUUGUUCAUGCUGUGAACCUCAGGACAAGGUUUGAUCCACCACUUCCAGAAUGCUCUUUCGGGAAUCUCUACCGAAUUGCAGUUACGGUUCCACGUCUGGAUACAGGGGAGGAGUGCUAUGGUCUUGUGAGGCAGGUCAGAGAGCAAGUGAGUCAUAUUGACAAGGAUUAUGUGAAGAAAUUGCAAGAGGGCAGUGAACACUUGAGUUUCAUCAAACAAAGCUCCGAGAAUUUCUACAAGGGAGAGAUGGUUACACUGAGCUUCACAAGUUUGUGCAGAUUUCCUCUGUAUGAAGCUGAUUUUGGAUGGGGAAAGCCUACUUGGGUCGGCUCUCCUGCCCUGACUUUCAAUAAUUUGGUUGUUUUUAUAGACACUAAAUCUGGGGGUGGAAUAGAAGCAUACAUUAACAUGAAGGAAGUAGAGUUGGCUAAAAUUGAAUCUGACAAAGAGUUCAUUUCAUUUGUUUCAAGUGAGUCAAAGUAAUGAAGAAUGUCAGUUGUCAAAAAAAAAAAAAAAAAAAAAAAAAAAAAAGUAAUGAAAAAUGUCUGCCUGCCAACGCAGCUCUUGGUUCUCUGUUGUUGAUUGAUGCCAUAUAUUCUAGGUGUGAAUGAGUCUAUUAUUGUUAUUG